CAACAACAGCAGCAGCCACAACAACAGCAGCAACAACAACAGAAAGUUUGUUAACAAAUUCUAAGGCUAACGCCUCGGUCAGCGUAGACAACAACAGCAUCAGCAGCAACACCUCCUUGACCCUAGCAGCUUUGCCGCCACCGCCACCGCCGCCCACAAGCGAAGCCGCAGCAACAGCAACAGCAACAGCAACAAGCCAAGUUGCCAAGCCAAAGCAAACAACAGCAACAGCAGCAACAACAAGCUUAAGAGGCGCCACUGUUAACGCCGCCACGACGUCGUCCACAUCGACGCUGUACACGUGCUCGAGCGCCUCAUCCUCGCUGAUUGCCCAGCCGCCGCCAACAAAGAUAUUUAAAACGGAUCAUCUGUGCGUAAACGCCGCCGCCUACGGUCUGCCAACUGUCGCUGCCGCCGCUGCUGUUGGCCAUCCCUGUGUCUACUGUGUGAUACCCGUGCCAGUGGGCUCGUCCAGUGCCGCUAGCGUCGCAGCCGCACCGCCAACGCCGCGCAGCGCUUUUCCCGGCGCACCGUUGACCGCCUCAGCCGUCGCACUCAAAGGCGCCAUACCACAGCGUCCACCGGCCAUGACCAGCCCAGCUGCUGCUGCUGCUGGCGCCGCUCUAGCAGCGGGCGCACCAUAUCGCGGUGCCACCAGCUGGACACCCCAGGGCUAUGCACCAGCUGCUGCCGCCGCCGCCGCUGCGGUCGCCCAGCAGGCCUAUCGCUAUACGGCCCCAUUGCCCCAGCCGGCAUACGCGGCCUAUACGCCGCAUACGGCCACCACGCCGGCCACAACCACGGCUUACCAGUGGGUUAAUCAGCUCAGCACUUUGGAGUACGGCCAGCGUGUGCCAACUGCAGCCUCACCGAGCAACACGAACUCGAGCAGCUCAUCGAACACGGGCUCCCAGAGCGGCACACUGAGCACCAGUCUGAGCAACACGACAAACACAAACACCACAAUGGGUCCCAACGGUACGGCACAGAAUCAAAAUCAACAGGGCGGCGAGCAGUUGUCAAAGACAAACCUCUAUAUACGCGGACUGCAGCAGGGCACAACCGACAAGGAUCUGAUCAAUAUGUGUGCACAAUACGGAACAAUAAUAUCAACCAAGGCUAUUUUAGAUAAAACAACAAACAAAUGUAAAGGUUACGGCUUCGUCGACUUCGAGCAGCCGGCCUACGCUGAGGGGGCCGUCAAGGGACUGCAGGCGAAGGGCGUGCAAGCUCAGAUGGCCAAAGUGGGUAUCUGGGUGCUUCAUAGGCCGGCCAUUCAACAGGAACAGGAUCCCACAAAUUUGUAUAUUGCAAAUUUGCCACCACACUUUAAAGAGACCGAUCUGGAGGCAACGCUAGCGAAAUAUGGUCAAGUUGUUUCCACCAGAAUAUUGCGUGAUCAGCAGAUGAACUCAAAGGGCGUUGGCUUUGCACGCAUGGAGAGCCGCGAGAAGUGCGAACAAAUUAUACAAAUAUUUAACGGUACCACAAUACCGGGUGCCAAAGAUCCGCUAUUGGUGAAAUUCGCCGAUGGCGGUCCCAAAAAGAAGAAUCUCUUCAAGACGCCCGAUCCAAAUGCGCGCGCGUGGCGCGAUGUCUCCGCCGAGGGCAUACCCGUUGCCUACGAUCCGACUAUGCAGCAGAAUGGCGUCAGCGUCAACGUGGGCACACCAAUUGGCGUACCAUAUUCGCGCUUUGGUGCACCCCAGGUGGGUGGAUAUCCGGUCGCUGGCUCACAAUGGAUACCCGGCUAUAUGAUGACCCAGCCGAUCACUCAGGUAGAUGAUCAGUAUUCCUCCUCUGCAUUGCAGUACAUGCAAAUGGCUGCCGCUCCCCAGUUGGGCGUCACCUCGUACAAACCGGAGGCAGUCAACCAGGUGCCCACACGCGGCAUUUCGAUGAUGGUCAGUGGCGACACGGCUGUGCCAUACGGAACAAUGAUGCCACAGUUGGCCACCCUCCAGAUUGGAAACUCUAAUUUUUCUCCAUCGUUACAGUAUAUUAGUCCAACUUAUCCAUAUUAUGCACCACCACCAACUAUUAUACCAACAAUGCCAAUGACAGAUUCCGAACAGGCUAGCACAGCUGCAUCACCCGACGAGGCAUACACACAGUAUCCACAUCAAGCCGCUCCCAAAUAGGUCUUCGCGAGUAUAGUUACUAAGCAGCCUAAACACUGGUAAUACAUACUAGAUUUAAUAUGUUAGUACUUCAUUUGAGUACUAUGUAAUGGACGCGAUCGAGGGUGAGCGUUGGGAGCUUUAAGCGCUGGAAUAACAACAAUAAAACAACAACAACAAGAACAAGAAAAACAUCUACAACAACAACAGCAGAAGAUGAAGAACAUGAUUAACAGGAUGCCACAUCGGAAUGGAUGAAGAAGUUUGAUAACAGUCGAAAAUGCUGUUCCCUAAAAAGAGAAAAUAAUGUUAAAAGAAAAUAAAGAAAAGAUAGAGAAAGAUAAUUAAGAGUUAUGUAUAAAAGCAGCAACAGCAACAACAAAGGAAUGAAAAAUACAUACAUGAUUAAAAGUGUAAGGGCGAUUGAGGAAGAGUUGAGCUAAGAAAGAGAGCGUAAAAAGUGAAGAAAAGCAAAGACUAAACUUAAAUAAUAGAAAUUAGUUAUACACUAAAUAGUAUCGUUAAACAACAGCAACAAGAAAACGGGCAAGUAGUAGUAGUAGAAAGGGGUCGCAAUUUUCAUUGAGAGCGCAGGAAAAACUUACCAGAACGGGGGCAAAUAGGAAACAGAAAACGGCAACCAAACACUUGAAGCAACAGCAAUUUGCAAAUACAACAAAAAUAAAACAAAACUGAAAAAAAUGAAAGAAAAGAAAACGCAAAACUCUAGUUAAGUAGAUCUAUGUAAGGAAAAACCAGAAGUUGCAUGGAAACAGCAAAAGGGAAAAGAAACGCAAACUCAUGUAAAAAUGUUAAACUACAGAGAAAACCAGAAAAGCAAACAACUUUGUGACGAAAUAAAGCAAAACAAAUGAAAACCGAAGAACCCAAAAAUGUGUGCAAUGUAUGUUAAACGAA